UGUGUCUGAAGCGCUUAUUGCGCUGGAUGUUACUGAUCCACGCCAGUGAAUACACCGAGAAGCGCUGUAUCCCUUCAUUCGCUCAGAAACACAUCGGGCUGCGGAUUUAAACUAGGAUUGAGAUACAGUAUCAGUUUAUGCCGUCUAAUAUUCCGUUUGAAGCUGGACCUGUUUGUAAAAACAGCAUAUUAAACCCCUCAUUGUAAAGCACACAUCUGUGUCUGGAGCGCGUUCUCAUCACACCGUUUCAUUAUUAAGCUUUUAUCUGCUGAUAUGGACGAAGAUAAUCAAGUCCCUGAAGAUCUGUCCUUAGAGGAGAGAGAUGAGCUCUACAACAUACGGCGCAGGAAAAAAGAACUGCUUGAUGAUAUUGAGCGGUUGAAGUUUGAGAUCGCUGAAGUGAUGACAGAAAUCGAGCAGCUCACGUGUGUGGGCGAGAGCAAAACAACACAGAGAAACAAACAAAUUGCAAUGGGAAGAAAGAAAUUCAACAUGGACCCCAAAAAAGGGAUCCAGUUUCUGCUGGAAAACGACCUCCUGCAACAGACCCCUGAAGACAUCGCUCAGUUCCUCUAUAAAGGCGAAGGCUUGAACAAAACUGUUAUCGGGGAUUACUUGGGGGAACGGGAUGAUUUCAACAUCAAAGUGCUCCAGGCUUUCGUAGAGCUCCAUGAAUUUUCCGACCUCAACCUCGUUCAGGCUCUGAGGCAGUUUCUCUGGAGUUUCAGGCUUCCUGGUGAGGCCCAGAAGAUCGACCGAAUGAUGGAGGCGUUUGCGUCCCGGUACUGCCAGUGCAACCCCGGCGUCUUUCAGUCCACAGACACAUGUUAUGUCCUGUCCUUCGCCAUCAUCAUGUUAAACACCAGUCUUCACAAUCCCAACGUCCGGGACAAACCCGCAGUGGAGCGUUUCAUCUCCAUGAACAGAGGCAUUAAUGAAGGAGGAGACCUGCCAGAAGAUCUGCUCCGGAACCUGUACGAGAGCAUCAAGAGCGAGCCCUUCAAAAUCCCUGAAGAUGAUGGCAACGACCUCACACACACGUUCUUCAACCCGGACCGAGAGGGCUGGCUGCUCAAGUUAGGUGGACGUGUAAAAACGUGGAAGAGGAGAUGGUUUAUUCUGACCGACAACUGCCUGUACUAUUUUGAGUACACAACAGACAAGGAACCACGUGGAAUUAUUCCACUGGAGAACCUCAGCAUCAGAGAGGUGGAGGAGCCCCGAAAACCUAACUGCUUCGAGUUGUACAAUCCCAACCAUAAAGGGCAGGUGAUCAAGGCGUGUAAGACGGAGGCAGAUGGGAGGGUGGUGGAGGGAAACCACGUCGUCUACAGGAUAUCAGCCCCCACACCAGAGGAGAAGGAGGAAUGGAUCAAAUCCAUUAAAGCGAGCAUCAGCCGGGACCCCUUCUACGACAUGCUGGCCACCAGGAAGAGACGAAUCGCCAACAAGAAGUGAAGUCUGCAUCCAAAGCGCCUCCCCUGAAGCCUAACGCACACUGCCUUCUGGGACAGCCGUUGUGCUCGAGUGUGUUUGAUGAAGAAUUCAUGUUUAUAUUCCCUUUCUUGUGUUUCUGUUCGCCCAGCUGUCCUGCUCUGUUUGUAUCUGCAUGGAUGUUGGUAUGUAUACCUGGGCAGCUCACUUCACGACAGAUGUCAGAUAGAAAAGCCAUUUAUUUCAAGAGACUAGGCCCUUUCCAACACCCAGCAACCUGAACGCACAGGGCUCUGAGACAGUAAGCCUGCGUGGACGUCAUCUCUUAUGGUGCUUGAAGACGUCCUGCGUGCUCAAAUAUGCUAAUAAUGCUAAUGCUAAUGCUAACACUAGGUGGCCGUCUGGAGUCAGCUGGACUGAUUUCAUGUUGUUCGAGUAAGAAACUGCAAAUAUAUAAUGCAUAGAUUUAGUUUCUAACCUUUCUGUUCUGGUCUUAGAUAACACAAUGAUGUGUAGAUGUAAUUUGAAUGAAUUUGCUUGCUUUUGUGUUCUUAUGACAAGUAUAGUUGAAUAUCUUUUUAUAUUUAUUUUCUUCGUGAAAUGACUUUAUUCUACACAUAAUUGGUAAACUAUAGAGCUAAGUUAUGUGUAAAUACUGUAAACUUUUUUGUGUGUAAGUACAAUCUUUAGCAUAUAAAUCUACUGGCUUUUUAAUGUUAGGGCUCUUUGCUCAGCAGCCUUAAAAUAAUGUACUUCUGUCAGGGAAAAACACCUUGUUAUUCUGGAAAAUGAAGUUUAAUCCAGUAGCAAUUUAUAUGUGGUUGUAAAUAACAGCUCUGUCCAAGGGCAGAACACUAUCUCCAAUGCCCUUUGGGCUCCAGAUUAAUUUUUAUAUGUCUGUAUAAGCUAUUGGUCAAACUGUACAUGAAAUAUAAAUACAUAAAACAUUCAU